AUGACCGCGACCAUGGCGCUGCAUGCACUCCUGGACGACAAGCAUCGAUGGGCGUGGAAGAUCGUCGGACUCUGCCUCCUCUUGGGCAUCGCCGGACAGCUCGUCCCGAGCUACCUGCUCCGCGAGUCGCCGGGCGAGCGCCGGACGAACCUUGCGGUCGCGCAGGCCGAGCUCCACCGCAAGAGCGACCUCGUCCGCGCCAAGUACGUGGCGCUGCAGGAGGAGCUCGACGUCUUCCAGACCUCGAUCAGCGACGUGCUCAAGGCCAUGGCCUGGCGAAAGGUGCGCGAAGAAGACUUCAACGCCGAGCGAGUCCAGCACAUUCAGGGCGUCCGGGACUACAUGGCCGAGCGCCAAGCCAAGGACUGGAAACCAUGGUGCUCGAGGCCGCCGAGUCGAUCCAAGUGA